AGGGGGAACUUAAGUUUGUGUGAAGUUGUGAAAAGUUGUCAAGCUGAAAAAAGAGCAGAAACUCCUCCCGUCUUCUAAUUAUGAGCAAUCAGCAGCAGCAGCAGGGUGAAAUGGCCGCUGUGGAGAGCGGCGGAGGAUUCAGCCAGAAGCGAAACACAAACUCACAAGACUCACAGCAGCCGUCUCCUUUGGCCUUGCUGGCAGCCACGUGCAGUCGAAUCGACACCCCUGGAGAAAACGAUUCUACCGCAGACCAACAGCUGGAAAUAAACCCGGGUGUCUUCACCUCCAGUGCCAACGGCUGGCAGGUCGUUCCUCUAAGCGUUCAAGCAUCCUCCGGCUCUAACACAAUCACCACUGAUUCCUCAGGGGUGAUGACAGGAGACAAUGGCAAAAGCAGACAGGUGCUGUCACCAUCAAGUACUCAGGGUCAGCAGCCACAGCAGUAUGUAGUAGCUCAGGCCCCAUCUGUGCCAGGUCAGCAGGUUCUAACCACCAUAUCAGGUGUGAUGCCUAAUAUACAGUACCAAGUAAUACCCCAAUUUCAGACAGUAGAUGGCCAACCGCUGCACUUUGCACAUGCUCAACAGGAACCUGCUGCAGCAGGACAAGGACAACAGUUUCAGAUAGUGUCCUCUCCAAAUGGCCAGCAGAUUAUUGCUGCAUCCAAUAGAGCUGGUGCAGCUGGAAACAUCAUAACCAUGCCCAGUGUCCUUCAGGGAGCCAUCCCCAUUCAGAACAUCUUAGGCAAUGGUGUUUUACAAAAUCAGCCCCAGUUUCUGGCAAACAUGCCAGUAUCCUUGAAUGGAAACAUCACUUUGGUGCCUGUCAGUACAGGUUCUACUGGAGGGGAUGCAAAUGGUAGUGGAGAAACGGGUGGGAACCAGCACGUACAGCAAUCUCCACAGCCAGCAUCUUCUAAUAGUGGGACCAGUUACAUGACCAGCGAAUCCACCAUCACCACUCAAACCUCUUCUUAUGGAAUUGCCACACAGAAGAGUAACGGAUCAGGGAGCAGAACGUUCCAGCAAAACCCAGCCUCCUCUCUUGGUGUCCCAAUUCAGCCAGACAACAGAGCAGAGCAGCAGCCUCAACAAAUCCUCAUUCAGUCUCCUCAGGUUAUUCAAAGUGGAGCACCUCUUCAGACCAUACAAGCCAGUACCGUUGCAAGUGCAGGUGGUCAGGUGUUUGCAGCUCCAACACUCAGCCAAGAGGGGCUUCAAAACCUUCAGAUUAUGCCAAACACAGGGCCUAUCCUCCUGCGCACUGUAGGCCCUAAUGGCCAGGUUAGCUGGCAGACCCUUCACAUCCAGAGUCCAGCAGGUGCACAGAUAACACUAGCCCCAGUGCAGUCUCUGCCCCAGCUCGGGCAGACUCAAGGAGCUACCGGAGCUGGAACGGUACCGGUGCAGAUCCCAAAUCUUCAGACCAUAAAUCUCAACUCACUUGGAAGCACAGGGCUGCAGAUGCAUCCUCUGCAGGGAAUCCCCAUCAACAUCACAGGUGCAUCAGGUGAGCAGCCGUUGCUGACUGCUGGAGAAAGUUUGGACAGUAGUGCAGUUAUGGAAGAUGCAAGCAUGAGCCCACCCUCUCAGGGGCGCCGGAACCGCAGAGAAGCCUGCACUUGUCCUUUCUGCAAAGAUGGAGAGGCCCGAGACCCAAAUAAAAAGAAGCAGCACAUUUGUCACAUUAGUGGCUGUGGGAAAAUUUACGGCAAGACAUCCCACCUCAGAGCACAUCUCCGCUGGCACACUGGAGAACGUCCCUUUGUCUGCAGCUGGGCGUUCUGUGGCAAACGGUUCACUCGUUCAGAUGAGCUUCAGCGCCAUAAGAGAACACACACAGGUGAGAAAAGGUUUGCUUGCACCGAGUGCCCAAAGCGCUUCAUGCGCAGCGACCACCUGUCAAAGCAUAUCAAGACUCAUAUGAACAAGAAAAUGGCCCCCGUUACCAGCACCAGCACAACUGUCUCAGCUGAUGCUGCGUCCCCAUCAGCAGCAACAGAAAAUGGUAUGGGAUCGGCCAACGACCAGCACACAAUCGUCACCAUGGAAACCUUAUCUGCAGAAAGCCUAGCUCGGUUAGCCAACAGCGGUAUCAAUAUGAUGCAAGUGGACCUUCACCAGAUCAAUGGCAACAGCUUCUAGAAACAGUGGAGAACAGUGCUGUUGGUGGAUUGUUGUUCUAACUGGACUUUGUGGGGUUAAAAAAAAGGGCAUCGUUCCAGAACUUUUUUUGUAGGCGAGUUUGUAAAUCUGAUGCAGAAAGUUGACUUUAAUCUUAUAUUUUGGUACCUUUGGCAUUUAGGGCUCAGAGGUGGGUGAGUGGGAUUCAGAUCUAGAUAAAUCACUGUGAAAUCCCAUUUCCCCUGUGUGGAAGUGGCAUUACACUAACAUCUGUUUCUCAAAAAGAUCCAGCCUCCGUUUCCCAUCUGCAAUAACAGAUCAGCACACUUCAUGAUGAAUUUGUAGAUUGUGAAAUUCUUUGUACAAACUACUUCAGUGAAGAGAUGACACUAAGUCAGACUCUACUUUUAAUUUUAUUUUCCUGGGGCUGUGAGCUUUGCUAUUUCUCGUCGUUCACCUCAGGAGUUUCCUGACCCGUCACAGCGAGCUGCCGUGUCAGGUCCCCUCAGGCUAGUUGGCCCAAAUCAUCUCAAAAUGAAAGAUCUCUUCAUAAAAAGGAGAAGCUUCAGCAGCAAACAUGUUUUUUUAACCGCUGUUGCGGAAUACAUUCAUAACUUGUAUUUUCAUCAUCCAAUUAAUGUCUGUGCACAUUAAGUCAUGGCUGGCUGAGGCCAGAAGCUCUAAUCUGUGUAAGGGUGUUCAUGUCAGAGCGCUGAAGUACUUAAAUAACUCGUUAACUUCUUUUGUAAGUUCACACACAUUCAAGCCAUCAUGCUUUAAUAUCUAAAAGCAACAUUAAUUUUUUUUGUAUAUAUGUUUUUUGGUAAAUGCUACAGAGCGUCUUAGCACAGCUAAGAUUAUAUUACAUGAUUGUCUUUCAGUUGUCUGUAUGUUUCAUGCAAAAUCAAUCUUAAAUCUUAUUUUUACAUAUAUCUACAAAUGCAGAUUAAAUAUGUAAACCUCAAGAGUCUGUCGUGUUCUAGUCCAGUUUCCUUUAAGUCCUGCGGUACACUUGUUUUCAUGGACUUUGUUUUGCAGAUGUUUUUUUGUUUGCCAUUUACUUUUACACUGAAUUAUUUUGCAAUGAUUUCCAUAAAAUCGUGACUAGAGAUGCUCCAAACCAAAGUUUUAUACUCAGAAGUAAAACAUGGAAAAGUUUUUUUUUUUUAAACUUUUAAUAAUAAAUGCCAAAAUUAUAACUGGAAAAGAUCUGGCUUGAAGCGAACCUUGAAUACAUGUCCUGUUGCUCCAGAUUGUACUCUCACAACAAAUUUGAAUAUUUUUCCCAUCAUUGGAUUUGUAAUUGUUUUGUAAAUAAAUGUAAUGUGUGCAAUGUA